CAAGCCAGUAUCUUAGAGCCCAAGCUGUAUUCUUUGAAUACCCUCCUUUUUCCCGUUUCUCGACGAAGGUUCGUUAGUGUUACUCUGUGAACCAAGUCAGUCCCUCGACAAAUGUCCUUGAUGAGAGAAAUGGCAAUGAAAUAUGUUUAACAUAGAAAACAUGUAUAUAUAUUAUAUUCACCUGAGUACUAUAAGUUAUCUUCCCCACUACAACAUGGCUUCAUGUCAGCGUGACUAGAUUUUUACUGCGUAUUUAGUAAGAGUAACCACUGGUAUCCGGUUCAGUCAGUAUGUACUACAGCUUGAAUUAUGCUUCAAAUAUAAGUGAGGCAGUCUGCACACCUUUUUGUGUCAAGUUUUCAAAUGAAUCAAGCGAAAGCAAACAGGAAUCGAUCAUUGCUGAAAAUAAGGGGUUAAACCCGGUUUGAUGAAUCCGUGGUAAUUAUGGUAUCAAUCUUCUGUCGUAUUCAAAAUAAUAACAUCGAUGUAGUUGGGCCUGCUGUUCUAAUCUCUAGUACGUCUGUGUAAUGCUCAUGCUGCAGCUGCCUUCUGUCGAUCAUUUUUGGCUCACUUGAUAUCUCUUCGUUCGUUAAUUCAAUAUCGUCACAUGCUUAACCUUAAUGAUCAUGCCCAGGCAGCAUAUAGUACGCUUUGUCGGGCUGUGUCGCCUGUUCAAGGUGAAUGUUGCUGAGACUCAGUGUUGCUACUGAAUGGGAGUAGAAAUGCAGAGGUAGCUGCAUCCGAUUUUGAUGCCCGGUCAUUUUUUGUGCGACAAGUUGAAGAGCGUCCAGCGCAGCUGAGCACAGGUCAGGGGGAGGCCAAUCUUGUCGCGACCGGUGUUUCAUACUGGGCUGAGAUGUCGAACAAAGUUCUUAUAUAUCAGGACUCUGUUUGUACUCUGUAGUGCUGGGCAUUACAAGCUUGAAAUUCGGGGUUCUAGCAGAAGUUUCCGGCUCGAUCGUACUUACGAGCUUCCCACCGCAAGCUACCUCGCAAAUCCAUGGAGGCACCUUAGACAGGGAAGAAGGUGCGAAGUGAUUAUACCUCAGUGCAGGCAAGCCGGAAUACAAACUCCACCGCAUCCAGUUCUUCUAGUUCUAGUUUCUGGUAAAAACGAGGAGACAAGAUGGCGUUCCAGACGAGCGUCGGGGAGUUGCGGACCCUGUUUGAGGGUCGCGAAACCCUCGAGGGGUUGGAGAAGCUUGGGGGCGUUGAGAGCUUGUGCCAGAAGCUUGGGAACGUGAGCCCGUCUCUGGGAAUCGAGUCUUCCUCAGUGCAGAGUCGGCGUGAGACCUUUGGCGAGAACCGUAUUCCAGAACGGCCACCGCAGACCUACUUGCAGAUUCUGUACGGAGCUUUUCAAGAUUUCACAAUCAUAAUGCUCGUCUGCGCUGCGCUCGCGUCGAUUUUUGUGUGCCUCGUCUUCGAAAUGCAGGAGCAUCCAGACUCGCUGUGCUGGAUCGAGGGCACCGCUAUCAUUUUCACCGUCAUCUUGGUGACCAACGUCGCGGCUGUUCUUAUGCCCUUGAAAUGUUUUUCCUUCCUCGAGCAAAUUUGGAUGAUUGAAAUACUUUUACGUAUGAUUGAUGAAAUCGUCUUUAAUACCAACACUACUACGACAAGUAAUUUUGAGUUUUCCUAUUCGUUUUUGAUGAAUGCCUUGGUGUACAACCAAAGAGUUCCACUGUUGGCCUGUGACUCAUCGAUGAGUUGUAGUGAGACUACGGGCGUUUCAAAAUCUUCGAGUCGUCAUUUCAUUAGUAAUUUACUCUAAGCAUUAGGACUACCAGAAAGAGAAGCAGUUUCGGGCGCUGAACGCGGACGUUGCGGAUAUUCAAGUAAACGUUAUACGUGAUGGGCAGAAGACGUCCGUUUCCAAGUAUGACUUGGUCGCCGGGGAGAUAGUGCGACUGAGUAUCGGGGAUAUUCUCGAAGGCGACGGCGUCCUCAUUGAGGGUUUCGACCUCGAAGCCGAUGAGUCGGCGCUGACGGGAGAACCUAUCCUCAUAAAGAAAAAUGCAAAAAAGCCAUACCUAUUGUCGGGAAGCAGCAUCCAAAAAGGCCAGGGAACUUAUAUGCUAAUUGCAGUCGGCGUCAACUCCGAAAAAGGCAGGAUUCAGGCUCUGGUAGUUCGUUUACUCAUCUGCAAAUGUGAAACGCCUUUGUAGAGGCAGGCUGGCUAAAGAGUAAAUCUUCAUCCCGGUAAUCCGGUAAAAUAUACCCACCCAUGCCUUCUGAGGUCUUUUCGUUCUGCAUUUAGACCUUGCACCGCAAUCACAAAUAUGACCUUUCAAUCUUCACGUAUACUCCAGGUGCGUGGUCAGAACGUGGCAUUAUCCGCAGUAGAGGGUGGAAAGGAGGGAGAAGGUGAGGGUGGCGAGCAAGGUGGUGAAGAGGAAGAAGAAGAGAAAAGCUUACUCACGAAGAAGCUCGAUGACACGGCUGAGUUGAUCGGGUUUCUUGCCAUCAGGAUAGCUCUAGUUGCGCUUGUCGGUAUGGCAAUAAAUUGGCUCAUUCUUAAAGGAGGCGACUCAUUCGCAGAUGGCGAAGCACUACGAGACGAGGCGAUACAAUGGGUACUACAACGGGCAGCUAAGCUCUCUGAUGAUUGUGAUUACUAGCCCUUCUUUGGAUCGAUGACGAUCCGGUGCUGAGGUGUGUUACGAUUAUUCGACAAGGCAGUGGAAGUAACCGGCGAGUAGGCAAGACAAUCCUAGACCUUUGAAGACAAAAUCUAUGCUUAAAAUAGCUCGGUGUAUAUUUAAGUUUUUUGAUGAUUCUCUUCUUUUAUCACCUGCGUCGAUUCACUUGUUGCCUUGAAUGACUACUCAGGUAAUCAUGUGUAUCACGAUCAUCGUUGUCGCGGUCCCCGAGGGCCUUCCACUGGCUGUGACAUUGGCCCUUUCUCUAUCAGUCGGCCGCAUGCAGGAGGAUGAGUGCCUGGUGAAGCAGUUAGAUGCCACUGAAACAAUGGGCUCAGCGACGUCCAUUUGCACCGACAAGACGGGAACUCUGACACAAAACCGCAUGACGGUAGUGAAAGCAUAUUUCGGUCGAGACAUCGUGGACGCGCAGGCCAGCCAGACGUGCGGCGUGCGGUGUCGGUCAGGGACGUUCAUGAGUGAAAACAUGCGCGAGCGGGUGGGCCACGGUAUCUGCUGCAACAAGGCUGAGGCAGAAAUUAGCUUUGACGAGAAGCUCCAACGGUGGACCCAAAUAGGGAACAAGACGGACUGCGCUCUCCUUGCUUUUGCACACGACAUGGGGCACGACUACAAAAAGAUCGGCUUCACAAUGUCGAUGGCAAAGAAAAUCUACCCCUUCUCCUCGCAGCGCAAGAGAGCCGGCAUUGUCGUCCCGCACGGCAGCGGCUACCGCGUCUACAUCAAAGGCGCGUCAGAGAUUGUCCUCUCACUCUGCACGCAGAAAUAUGACGGCCAAAACGACAGUGUCGAAGCCUUCCCGGAUACGGACAAAACUGGUACUGGACUCGUGUACGAUUUACUUAAUAUUGUGAUUCUAGUACGACAUGAGGAUUAUGCACAUUCUUGAAUGAUCAUUUCAUUUAUCUUUCAUCUAUUUUUUUCAGCCGUUAUCGCGAGGGUUGUGACGCCAUUCGCAAAAAUGUCGCUGAGAACGAUAGGCCUCGCGUACAAGGAUAUUCCUGUUGGCAGCAGUGUCGACUUUGAAGCGAUGCUGAGUGACGAGGAGGCCGUGAAGCUUACAGGGCAAAAUGCAGAAACCUAUGCGCAAGAGACGGAGGUAGUCUAAUCGUUUUUUUUUGGUUUGAAGGAGUCAAUCAUUGGUUUUAAUCUUUACUUCCAACGUGGAAUUGUUUGAUAGACCACCACAGGGUCAGGGCGUUAGUCUUUUACAUUUUUUACCACCUCAAAAAUGAAUCAGUUAACCUUCCUGGGCCUCGUCGGUAUUGAGGAUCCGUUGCGGGACACUGUGACCGCGGCCAUUCAGAAGUGCAACAGCGCCGGCGUGGACGUUCGCAUGGUGACGGGAGACAACAUCGAUACAGCUGUGGCGAUAUCAAAGCAGUGCGGGAUUCUCCGAGCAGGUAUCGAUCUGGACGCAGAUGGCGGUGUGCUCCCCGGCACCGCUAUGGCAGGCCCCGAGUUCCGGCGGCAGGUGGUCGGAGCCGACGGGCAAAUAGACCAAGCGGCGUUCGAUAAAGUUUGGCCCGCGCUGCGAGUGCUCGCGCGCUCUUCACCCACUGACAAAUACAUGCUCGUGAGCGGUAUAAUUGAAAGCGACCUCUUCAAGGACGCUGCGCUCUGCAAGGAGAAGAACCUCUACCCAGACCGACAGGUGGUAGCCGUUACAGGAGACGGCACGAAUGACGCACCAGCCCUGAAGCGAGCUGACGUGGGCUUUGUCAUGGGCCUCACAGGAACAUCAGUACUUCUUCAUCUGCUGAACUCUAGAGUACCUCAUAGACUCAUUUUUGCAAGUCUCAUUUUGCAUCGAAUCUGUUUUAUCAUCUGAUAUCUGUACAUUUUUGUAGUUGUCGUGUCAUUCUCAUGAUGCUGAUUUCAACAACUUCAACUUCUACAUCAAGGUAGCAAAGGAUGCUGCGGAUAUCGUCAUUACUAACGAUGACUUUGCGUCAAUCGUGCAGGCCUGUUUGUGGGGACGGAAUGUGUACGACUGCAUAUCAAAAUUUCUGCAGUUUCAGCUGACCGUCAAUAUAGUCGCUGUCACACUUGGUACUGAUUGACUUUUGCCUUUCAUUAUUUUCGCAAGAGUGUGCUGCACUGCAGUAAGUCUAAGUUGUAUCUCUACUUACUUCGAGUUCGAUCCGCUGCGUCUCGAAUCAUGUACUUGAAUUUUUUGUUGAGUCAAGUGUUUGAUCAUACGAGAACAAGUCUGGGAGCCAGAUGAAGUAGUUCCCUGUUGAGUUAUAAACAGAUAUAUUUAUAUAAUCUGGAUUAUCGCAAUCUUUCUCAUGAUCAUGUUCUUUAUGAUUACAGCGUGCCUCGGUUCUUUCGUGGAUCGUGAAUCACCACUUCGAGCGGUGCAGAUGUUGUGGGUGAAUCUGAUCAUGGAUAGCCUUGGCGCACUUGCACUAGCCUCCGAACCGCCCGUUCCGGAGCUACUGCAAAGGCCGCCUUAUGGACGAAACAAACCGCUGCUUAGUUUUCAGAUGAAGUACUACACCCGGUUAUCUUUCCGCUACACUUGAUUCGCUGCACUACAGCCACUAGACUGAGUAGAAGAUGUAGUUCGAGUUGAAGUUUAUAUUUAUACUAUUUCCACAAGGAAGCUGUCAUUUCUUGUCGUUUUAUCGCCGUGUUUUGUGCAGAUCUGUUUUAACGGAAUAGAAGUUCUUCUUUCUACGUAAUUGCAUGAAGACUGAUUGUGAUUUUUUGACAAUAACCACAUGAGACCGAGAUCCUCGUCCUCUGCACAAAAUCACUUUCAGGUUCAAUAUGUUCGGGCAGGCAAUCUAUCAGCUGAUUGUUCUGCUCAUUUUGUUGUACUUCGGUGCAGGCGUGAAAAAAGAGGGCGAGCCCGAUAGCAACAUGGGGAAGCAACUAUUCAUUCCGACUAAGUACGCGCCGUCAGGGUCAAGCGCAGACUACGAUACAUGGCAUUGCGAUGCUCGUGACUUUCCCACAGAAUGGGCAGAGAAGAACAAGCUAAAUAUGAACGCGGAUCAGGUAGCUGCCGCGCUAGCGCCCUAUGGCGGUCUCUGUUCCAACUGCGCCGGAUUUCUCGACAUUCCAAAUGGUACGAUAUGAUGCUUCUCAAGACAUGCGUGUAUUUAUGUAUGUAUGUAUGUAUGUAUGUAUGUUGUAUAUGAGUAGCUAUGUAUGUGUGUAGGUAUGUAUGUAUGUGUGUAUUUGUAUGUAUGCGGAGCGAUAGACGGAAGCGGAACGAUAGGAGUAAGUAAACACAUGACGCCAAGAUAUGUCGCAGCGUUAACCAGGAGCAGGCCACGCAAGAAAAACAUGGCGCAAGCAUACAAUUCUAAUACGAUCAAAGGGGCCAGAAGUAGCCAUCGUCGGGGGGCACUGUUCUGACCUAAUCCAAGGGAGAAGACCGAGACGGAAGAGAGAGCAGACGACCUAGCUCAGAACUGUCUACUGGGUGAAAGAUCGUAGCAACACCCGAGGCACGAAGGGCGGAGAGAAAUGACAGAAACAGAAGGCGACAGAUUUACAACGCAGACGGCGUGGGAGCGAGAACCCAACCGAGCCGACGUCGCCCCAGGGGGUUGGCGUAGUUGCGCAGGAAGGCAUAGCGCUGAGGCGCAGAAUGCGGCGAAUCUCUCGAAAUUAGUCAGAAACAUAGCCAACGCCUCCACGGUUUAGCUAUAGCGGCCAACCUGAUGGCGGUGCGCCGAGUGUUUCUGAUUUUCAUGCUUUCCAGACUUGUCAUUAGUAGCAGCGUGCUUAUGCACAGAGCAAAAGGCAAAAAAGUCAAACAGCCAGGAGGACAAUGAAAAGGGCAAGAACCUUCGGGCGGAAAACGAUACAAGUUGCGCCAUGUAUGUGCGAAGAUAGAAAUAGAAAAAAAGUCGGUACUAUCUACGCUGUACAGGUGGAGAGAAGUAAAAAAAGCUGAAAGCGAUUGGCGCUCUGUCUGGGUGAAGCGCUACACGCUAGCGAGCAAGUGAAGUAAACAUAGCGAACGCGUUUAAGAGAAGACCUUUUCGUAGCAGCUAACCUGAUGGCAAUGCUUGCUGUGUUUCUUGUUUUCGUUUUUCCUAGAGCUAUUAUUGGAGACCACCGCAAGGCAAGAGACCUGGCUUUGCAAAUUUGAAAAAUCAGAGGGGGCGGGGGGCAAAAAAGUAGAAACGCCAUGGGCAGGCUUGAACUGGGAGAGAUUCAGUCUGCUGCUGUCUCAGGGCUUUGCCAGGCAAGGCUGGUUUUUCUUAGUCGCUUAAUUACUCAACGAGACCACCCCAGAGCUUUGGCUUUUGUAUGGCUCAACUCUCAGCAGAUAGCCAGCAAGUAGGCACCUCAAACAGAUUGGCCUUGGCGCGGUGUGCUGGAUUUCUCUGGGCUUUUCUUCGUCAUUUGAUUGCCCAACGAGAUCACCCCAAGGCCUUGGCUUCUGUCUGGGUCAUCUCUCAACAGAUUGCCAGCAAACAACUCCGGUAAGCUUUUGGCGUAGUUUGGACUUCUCUCACCUGCGGCAAGAUGGGGCGGCACUAGCAUAGUCAGCACAGCACUCAAUGCGUUACGAGAGUAAUUUAACGAGCAAGCAACAAGACCAGAACACGAAGGAAAUACUUGCGGAGGAAUUUCUAUGGUGUAAACUUUUCGAACGAUGCGAUCUUCGCAUCUUUUGCGAUUUCGAACGAUUUCACUACUUUCGCGCGAAACCGACUGCAGAACGAUAGACGAGAGCAUGAUCCGGGAAAUUUCUCCUGGGAUAGGAAUCUACACACUGAGCAGGCAAAACCGCGCAUGAUUUUCACAACUCGGGGCGGCGUUGCUUGGUUCUUGCCGUCGCGUUUCUCUUUGUCGUCGGGGUCGCUCGGUGUUAGUUUAGGAAUCAACGCCCCCCAAAAUGGUGCAGGAUGUUUACUCUUAUCCCGUUACGUUCUAAAAUUCUGUGCGUCUGCUCUAUGUCUGUGCGUUUGACUAAUUCCAAGUGUCAGAAUUCUCACUGAUGAGGCAUAUCACGACCACCCUUAAUAUACUGAGAACCAACUACAAUGACAGGCCGUGGACACGAUUUCCAGGGCGCACCGACGCAGCAUUACACGAUUAUCUUCAACGCUUUUGUAAUGAUGCAGUUAUUUAACUGGAUCAAUUGCCGAAAAAUAUACCAUGAGUUCAACGUCUUCGCUGGCGUGGAGAAUAACCGCACUUUCGUGGUCAUCUGGUUCACCUGCUUCUUCAUCCAAGUCCUACUGUUAAGAGAUGCUGCUUUAUAUUCUUGUCCUUGUGCGAUCGCAUCCAAGAUGGCCACGAUUACCCUUUCCGACCUGGCCAGAUUAUAUCUUCAUUCAAUUUUUCAUCUCUAGUACAUAAUCUAGGUCACACACGAUCACCUGGUGCCAACAGCAAGGAAGUUAGUUGUAGAAUGGGAAACGGCUACGGCUGACUCUCUUGUAGUCGUGAGGCAAAAUACGACAGUAGUUGGGCAUCAUAAGGCCCUUCUUCAAUUCUAAUGCUGGUGGAAAUAGGUAGGAUUGGCAAGAGCGGCAUCGACGUUGCCUGCGAUGCACACAACCUUGCCUUCCGCACGACGGCGCUCAGUGGCACACAAUGGCUGCUUUGUCUUCUCUGCGGUAUUUUCAGCAUUCCAUGGCAGUGGCUGCUGAUUACCAUCGCGCGCACUUUCUUUCCGGGCAUGGGAACGGUAGACGUUUACGCGCUAGCAGGACACUGGGAGGACAGCGAGGAGAAAAAAAAUGAUUAAGGCAGACCUAUAAUUCAUUAAAAGUUCAGGACCUACUGGAAGAACUUCAUGUUGUGGCAAUUAUAACCAACGUAAUCGAUUUUUCGAAUGAAAUUUUCAUUCCAUCUCCGUGUUAAAGGUUCUGGUAUACAACUGUAUUGCCACUAGUAUAGGGUAAGGAGGUGUAUGUAUACAACACUAGGACUACGUUAAUUAUUUGUUUCUUCUGCACGAGCCUAUCAAUCUGCAGAAGCAAACCAUAAACAGCCCCUCCUUUCCCCCUUCAUUGUGGGCUUACCCCAUGACCGGGUAAACUACUACUCUUAUGAUUCAUUUUUCAAAUGAAAAGGAUUUCCUUACACUGACUUGUUACUCACAGACUGGCGGGUCUAAGAUUGCUUGGUGCAAAAACUUUUGUCGUUCUUGAGAGUUAGUAGAGCAAGGAAAAGCGAGGUUUUCCUACCCGUGGUGCCACAUGUUCUAAUGUGACAACGAGGACGAAGACAAAGGAGGCUACAGCAAAGGCGUGCAUCCAGAGGGUGGAAAGGUCACGGUCAAGACAGUGGGCGAAGUUGAGUAG